CUGACGCAUAAUGCAUAAAAAUGAACUGUCAUGGCGAAGUGUAAUGUUUACGAAAUGCAACUUGGAUUUUCAAAAUAAUUUUGAAAAAACCUUUUAAUUCAAAAGAUGUCACACUCACCAACCAAGAAAGUUCAACAAUUUGGAUCUGAACGGUUUUGUCGGUAUAUUCAUCGAUAUUGCUAUCAACCACGAUUAGAUGGAUUUGAAUAUUGCAUUCGACACAUUUUAGAAGACAAGAAUGCACCUUUUAAGCAGUGCUCAUUUGUUCAUCCUAAUAAUAAGAAAAGAUGCACUAAUGCAGCUCCCAAAAGUGAAAAAAAUGAAAGACGAGACACAGUUUUGUGUCCCUUCCACAUGAAGCAAGCUCUACGUAAAGGAAGAUCGUCUCGAAUAAGGAGGAGAGUUCCUGAUGGCCCAUCAGGUUUAUUGAAAAAGUUAGAACAUUAUUGUACUAAACCAAACCAUGAUAAAUCUUAUGUUAGAAGUACUGUCAAAGAAAAAAGUAGCCGUAUUCCAACAGUUGGACACUUUCCUUUAAGUUUGAGUACACCAGGCAAUUUGGAAGAUGAAGGUGAAUCUUGUGAUAUUCAAAAUACUGGUAUUCGUAGCAUUGAAGAGAAUCCAGAAUGGCUUGCUGGUGUUCCAACUUGUUUAAGGCAUGCUGGUGUUUUUACAUCAAAAGAGUUGCUGAAAUUUACUGUUGAAAAAAUAAAACGUUUGCAGAAGGCUUACUGUAAUGAACUUGAGAGUAUUCAACAUAAGCUCCUACAAAAUCAAAGAGAGGUUGCAUCUCUUUUAAAGAAGCAACCGGAAGGUGAAUCCAGUUUAGAUUUUGACCAAAUGGAUUCUGUGGAAUCGAAACUACUAAAGAGUAUGCUGUCUUAUCGUCAUCUAAGUCAUACAGAAAAACUGUUGCAUUUUAGAGCUGAGCAGAAAAGGGCUGCUCUAGGAUUGGAGGACUUGAAUGUUGCUGACAUUUCAUUUUGCUCAUUUGAAGAAAAUGGAAAUAGUUGCAGCAAAAGAGCUCUUUUACUCACCAAGUUUUGCAGAGAUCAUAUAUUAUCAGAUCCUAACCAGGUAUUGUACAAGCCGUGCAGAUUGGCUUCUAAAGAAAAUUGCAAUAUGCCUGUUCUGCCAUUCGAAGAAUGCUGUGAUAAGCAUAUUCCUAGGACUGAAGAACAAGUUCUCAAAAUGCAAGCUCCAUUGCCAUUACCAGAUUUGGCUUCAACAUUUCCUGUCCAAGAUCCUGACAAUUUCCUUUCUUUAGAAGAAAUGUCUUCGACUGGUUUUGAAGUCACUCCAGAGUAUUAUUUUAAUGCACUUGAUGCUGGAGGAGAAUCAACAGAGUCUGUCAUAUCUGAUGAUCAUGCGGAGCUGUUAGAAAUAGAGCCAAUAACUUUGAAGCCUCCAUUAGAUAUCUUGUGUGAUAGUGGAAAGUCGGAUUCUGAGACCGAGAAGCAAUAAGUCUUUAUUGUACUUUGAAACAUUUUGUAAAUGUUAUGUAAAUGUAUGAUAAUAUUUUCUCACUGUUUAAAAUCAUAUUUUGUAAA